AUGCAAGCCCUACUGCAACAGCAACAGGCGCAGUUUUCAAACUCGCAAGCACAAUUUGAAAAAUAUCAAGCAAAGUUGAUUGAGACAUUGUCGCAAAAUUUUUCAAAGCAGGCAAUCGCAAUAUCAGCAGAACCAGACAACGUUCCUUCACCGGAGUCUCUGACGCAGCGUAUCACCACUAAAUUCGAGCCCGAAGUUCAUCAGAUCCUGAUUGAAAACGUCGGAAGAUUACCAGUCACUGUUGAGACAAUUCGUAAAGAUACCAUCAAUGAAGAAAUCUUAUUGGAAGUUAUGAACUACAUACAGACAAAGUGGCCGAAUGGUGAAAUCUCUCCAAAGCUACGACCAUUUUUCAAUCGACGUGAGUCGCUUUCAAUUGUUGAUAAUUGUUUAAUGACGGGAGACGGAGUUGUAGUGCCAACGAAAUUAGGAAAGCAAAUGAUGCAACAGUUUCACUCAGGACAUCCAGGUACAACUCGUAUGAAAGGCCUGGCGAGAAGUUUCGUUUAUUGGCCUCAAAUGGACGCAGAAAUAGAGCAGUUUUGCCAGAAAUGUGAACUUUUUCAAAUGGCGGCAAAGGCACCUCCCGAAUGUCCAGAACAACCAUGGCCGAAAAGCAAGAAACCAUGGGAAAGAAUUCACUUGGAUUAUGCAGAUCCAGUCAAUGGUCAGACUUAUCUCAUUUUGGUGGAUUCAUUCACUAAAUGGCCAGAUGUAUUCCUUUUGUGCAAUACUACGGCACAGUCUAUGGUCGAUGAAGUGGUUAAAGUGUUCCAAAAUUUUGGUAAUCCGGAGCUAAUUGUGACUGACAAUGGAACACAGUUCAUCUCAACACACUUCAGACAGUUUUGCAAAGAAAAUGGUAUCGAGCAGAAGUUCUCACCGCCUUAUCAUCCUCAAUCCAACGGGCAGGCUGAACGAGUCGUGAAUACCUUCAAACUGACUCACUUAAAGUGGGAGGAGAAAAGACGUCCGGCAAUACGAUCCAACCAUUUUUGA